AUGGAGGAGAUAGAUCCAUUGGACGCAUUCAUGCAAUCUCUAAAUGAUACCAUUGGAUCUUACAAAAAUGAAGAUAAAUCUGGUGUUAAAAGGGGCAUAGAUGAAUUGGAUGAGGAAUAUGACAUUGCCGAUUUCUGCGAGUACAUGAAUACCAAAGAGUAUUUGGAUAGACUGAAUCCAGGGAAUGAAGAUACAAAGGAAAGCAAUUCUAGUAAACCAUUUCCACUGCUUCUAUCGGCAGAAUCCUCAGAGCCUCCGUUUUAUAACUUCACUUAUACGCACAUUUCUGAGAUUGAGUCUAUGAGUUUAGAUGAAUUAACUAGGCUCAAGGAGAAAUUGAGGAUUUGUACCACUGGAUCACGAGUUCCAACCCCUAUAACUAAAUUUGAUCACAUAUCCCACUGCAUGCCUGAUAAAUUAAUGGAUAAUAUCAAAAAAAUGGGAUUUAUUACACCUACUCCCAUCCAAUGUCAAGCCAUACCGUCAAUUUUAAUGAAGAGAGACACCAUUAUUUUCGGUGAAACUGGGUCUGGCAAGACAUUAUCAUUUCUACUUCCUAUGACAUCCCUUCUUUCUGAGCAUUUAAAACAUGAUAAGGAUGUCAAUAAAUUUGAUCUCAAUUGUUUAGUAAUAACCCCUACUAGGGAACUGUGUAUGCAACACUAUAACACAUUUAAAAAACUUAGUAAAGAUAUAGGUAUUACGACAGUGGCGUUAAUGGGAGAUGUAGACAAAGCUUUUCUUAUCAAAACUCUUUCAAAAGGUUGCCAUGUUAUCAUUUCCAGUAUGGGCAGAUUGGCAGAUUUUGUGCAUUCCAAAGUUAUUGAUCUAUCACACAUAAAGCUACUAGUGAUUGAUGAAGCAGACAAACUUUUCACUCCCAUAAACAUCAAGCAAACUGAAAGUUUGAUUGGGGGGACACCAACAAAUAAAAUUACCGUAUUUGUAAGCGCUACCAAGACUGAUAAGAUAUUGGAUUCCAUGAGAAAAUUGGCCAAAUCCCCUAUAGUUAUUAGUGUAGGGAAUCCAGAAGCGGGUUAUCCCAUUGAUAAAGUGGAUGUAAACUUUAUAAUAACACAAACACUUGCUAAUAAAAAAUUAUGGCUAUUUGACAUAUUGCCAAUGCUUGAGGAUAAGGGGCAAGUGAUAAUAUUUUGUAAUACCAAAUCACAAGUAGAAGAAUUGGCAGAGAUUCUAAACGAUCCAGCUAUAAGACAAACGAAUAAAGUGGCAAUAUUUGCUAGGGGAAUACACGGACAAAUGAGUGCUAAUGAUAGGGAUAAUGUUGUUGAGAAAUUUAAGAAACUCCUUUUCCCAACUCUAGUAACCACAAGUGUAUUUUCUCGGGGUAUUGAUAUUGCCAGCAUAAAAGUUGUUAUAAACUUUGAUGCACCCAAGCAUUUUCACGAAUAUUGCCAUAGAAUCGGUCGUUGCAGUAGGGGGGAAAGUAAUGGCAUCGCAUAUACUCUAAUUGACCCAAAGAGAGAUUUGAAAAUGGUAAUCAGGAUUGUCGAACAUUUGCAAAUGUUUGGCAGGGAAGUACCUAACGAUUUACUAAAAAUUGUCCGGGGUUUCAAGUAA